AGGAGUGAUCGCGAGAGAACCUUAGAGCUGAGCAGUACAUAGCGGGAGCAAGAGAAAGCUGCAAGCGUUAAUCUGUUUAAAAAAAAAAAAAAAAAGUAAACUAAAACAGGCAUAAUAAUGGAUGUUGCCAUAGAAAUGAGUUACGCGGUACCCGCAAUGAUAUUCAGUGUGCUAGCCAUUGUUUUGGCAGCUAUAUUUCUAAAAAUGAAAUUAGCCAUACCCACAGACCAAGAUGCAAUCAAAUCCGACGACGCCACAGACGGUGCAAAGAUUUCUGAGCAACUGGAGGGAGAUUUAAAGACCGCAGACGGGGACAAAACAAAUGCGAGCAAGGAUGGAGAACCCGUGGAGGCGAAUAAAGUCGCGGAGAUUACGGGGGAAGAUGUAAAUGUAAAGGAAAAGAACGAAGCAGAUGCAGCGGCGGCAGAGAAGGAGACAGUCGGGGGUGCUGCUGUUGGAGAUACGCUGGUUGUGGAGGAAAUCGGAGCAGUGGAGAGGGGGAAUCUGAAAACAAACGUGGACAAAGUUGGCGAGUCUGAAGAGCAGAGUCACCCCCAUCAAGAAAAUAAUGCCACAGUCAACGCUGAAGAACGAGAGAGUGAGGCAGAGACUGUGGAGUCAGUGCAGGCUUCUCCAGAGCUGGCAGAUGGUGAUGACCAAGAUGACAAAGAAGAAUACAAAGUGAACCUGAAGUACAGCCCAGGGAAGAUGAGAGCCAGUCAGUACGAGACUAUGAUGAGCAGCGAGGAGCUGAAGGAGGAGCAGAGAGUGCAGAGAGAGCAGCUGACCGCGAUCUUCAGACUGCUGGAGGAGAACAAGGACGCCUUUGGAGAGAUGUCAGAUGUAGACGUGGAAGAACAACUGAAGCUGUACGCCAUUUAAAAGGAACUGUUCUACGUCUUCUUUUAUAUUCAAAUGAUAUACAAAUAUUGAGACAUUCGAGUGGAUACAACUGGAAGAACAUUGGGUUUAUUUUACUCCUGAGUGCUGGCAAUGCAACCACAUUGAACACUGUACCUUGAAGACAUUGAAAAAGACAUGUAGUCUAAACAUUUGUCAUUGAAUGUAUUAAGUUUCUUUUAUUAUUUGUAAAUCCACGGUAGAAAACCAUCAGUUGGGGCUUAAAAAUAAGAAAAAAUGUCUCACUCAAUCAGUCUGCUUUGAAGUUAUAGUAAUUGUAGCUAACAAAAUAAUUCCAUAUACAUUUCUCUGCCAUGCACAGCCAUACAUUAUAUAGAUCUCAAAUGUGUAAUUUAGAAAGAAAGACACGUAUAGCAAACCUGUAUUUUCACUUCAAACAGUGUACCAAAGUGGCUCGCAUGGUAGAAGCGCAGCCACAUGGGGCACAGGGAGAGUCAUACAGCGCAGGUUGGUGUCCUGGCUGUGCGAAGUAGGCAGGUCUUUGCUGGGGACUCUGAAGAGAGCAUCGCAUUGGCUCAGGCGCUCCCGUGGGUUAGGGGGGGAGGUAAAACUGUCAGGGACUGUUUAUCCUCAUCACUCUAUAGCGAACCCUGCUUGCCAGGCGGACACCUGCAGGGCUGGCCUUUAUUCUUCACAGGUCGAUAGCUCACUGAGAUAUUCUCUUGAGCUCCUGGGUGAAAAAAGAAGCUGGUUUGAUCGUGUGAUCAGAGGACAUCCACUAAAUCUUUGUGUCUCCUGAGCCAUGUGGGGAAUUGAUGCAAUGCGGUGGAAUAGCGAUUGGGCAUUCCAAAUUGGGAGAAAAUCAGGAAAAAUUAUAAAUCGGAUACCCUAAGAAAACAAAAAAACAGACUAAAUCUCUGUUUGUAAGCCAAGCUUUUAGGUGAUCUUGCUCUUCCAAGGUCAUUUCACUUGGAGAGUGGCUUCUUUCCUGUCUACAGUGCCUAUAAUAAGUAUUCAACCCCAUUGAAUGUUUUCA